AGUCCCCCCUCCUCCUCCACUCCCCCGUCCUUUCUGAACAACUACUGUUCGUCCAUCCGGUCCACUUCUUUUGGCUCGUCGGAUUACAGCAGGGUGCACGCCGGCAACUCCGACUCAACUAGAAAACCUCGAUUAAAAAAAACACAUAUCAUCAUGUCUGGUCUACAGUGCCUUGGUGAAGAUAACAUCUGGUUUGAGAAGCCCCGCUACGACGAGGCUGAGAGACGCUUCUACGAGGGAGCCAACGGCCCCUCCACACACUCACACCACCAGGUAAAGUCAGCGCUCCAAGGUAGAGGACGAUCUCGUCCCCAGAAGCGCCAGCACAGGAAUUCUUCCUCUGACCACCGGGUGGGUGUGCAGUCUUCCUCAGCCAGCGGGGACCAGGAGUUGGUGUCUCGUAUGAAGAGUGUAGAGCUGGAGAACCAGGGACUGCAGAAAGUGGUGGAGGAUCUGAGAGCAGCCUUGUCCAAGCUGGAGAACAGAGUCCGGGUUCUGGAGAGGAGCCCGGCUGUUCCCUGUGCCAAGGCGGUGACUGUUCAGUCUGUGAAGGUAGAGGAGGAUGAUGAUGAGGAGAUGGACCUCUUUGGGAGCGAUGAGGAGGAUGAAGAGGCAGAGAGGCUGAAGGAGGAGAGAAUCGCUGCUUACGCUGCCAAGAAGUCUAAGAAACCAGCACUCAUCGCCAAGUCCUCUAUCCUGCUCGAUGUCAAACCUUGGGAUGACGAGACAGACAUGGCUAAGUUGGAGGAGUGUGUGAGGUCUGUUGUAGCUGACGGUCUGCUGUGGGGUCAGUCCAAGCUGGUUCCCGUGGGUUACGGCAUAAAGAAGCUUCAGAUCGGGUGUGUUGUCGAGGACGACAAGGUGGGGACAGACCUGCUAGAGGAAGAGAUCACCAAGUUUGAGGACUAUUCAUCCAAAGAGUUACUGCUGCUCUCUGCUUCCAGUUACUAAUAAAACACAGCUUUAAG